AUGACUAGAAAGAAGGUUAACCUUGCUUAUAUCACUAACAACUCUGCAAGAAAUGCCACAUUCAAGAAAAGGAAGAAUGAGCUGAUGAAGAAAGUGAGCGAACUUAGCACUCUUUGCGAUAUCAAAGCCUGUGAAAUUAUUUACAGCCCUUAUGACUUGCAACCAGAUCUUUGGUUUUUCCCUCUCGGAGGCCAACACGUGCUUGUUGACUUUAAGAGGAUGCCCGAGAUGGAGCAGAGCAAGAAGAUGGUGCAUCAAGAAAGCUUCAUGCACCAGAGGAUCACUAAGGAAAUAGAUCAACUAAAAAAACAGUGCAAGGACAAUCACGAGAAAGAGAUCACGCAUAUCAUGUUCCAAAGUCUUAUCGGGAAGCCCCUCCACCAACUCAACCUUGUUAAUCUCAACAAUUUUGGUUGGUUUAUUGAACAAUGCCUCAAAGAAAUCCAAAAGAGUAUUGGAACACUUUGGAAGUCACCUUAG